AUGCAACAGCGGUUGCAAGCUCUAGAGAGAAUAGACAAAGAUGAAUCGGUCCAAAGUAUUUGUACAGAUUUGGGGGUUGGUAAAAGCACCGUGAAUGACUGGCGUCAAAACCGAAAAUCGAUCGAGGAUUUUUGUACGCAGAUUGAAUCGGAAAAAGCUCUUUCAUCACGUUGCACUUUAAAAAAACCUAAAAAUGAAUUGGUGAACGAUGCUCUUUGGGUGUGGUUUAUGCAGGAACGAAGAAGGGGAACGCCGAUCAGUGGCCCUAUCUUAAAGGAGAAGGCGGUUAUCUUACAUGGGAAACUUGGUGAGGAGGGGGAAUUUGUCGCAAGUGAGGGAUGGCUUUCCCGUUGGAAAAAAAGACACGGGGUACAUUUUCUUGGGGUGUGUGGCGAAAAGCUGUCGGCAGACCCUGCUGGUGCAGCUGAGUUUACAAAGAAAUUUGAGCAAAUUAUUGCUGAGAAUAACCUAAGCCCGGAACAGGUUUAUAAUAUCGAUGAAACAGGGCUGUACUAUAAACUCUUGCCACGGAAAACAUUUGCUGCAGCAACAGAAAUGUCUGCCCCUGGGUUUAAGGUCAGUAAAGAUAGGAUCACAGUGGCACUUUGCUCCAAUGCUUCGGGUACGCAUAAAUUGCCCCUUUUUGUAAUCGGAAAAUCAGCAAAACCGAGAGCAUUCAAAAACUUGGACGUAUCAAAACUACCAGUGUACUACCGGGCUCAGAAGUCUGCUUGGAUGGACUCGUAUUUGUUUAAAGAGUGGUUUAUUAGUGAGUUCGUGCCUAAAGUAAAAAGUCGUUUGAUGAGUUCAAAACUCCCUGUAAACGCACUUCUUGUUCUUGACAAUGCGCCUACCCAUCCGGAUGAGUUAGAAUGUGAUUGUGAGUCUGGAAUAAAACUGUACUAUCUGCCCCCCAACGUAACAAGCCUCCAACAGCCAAUGGACCAAGGGGUAAUAGAGUGCUUCAAGAGAAAUGAAAAUGUUGAGCUUGAAGAUGUUUUGGAGCGGGUAACUGUCGAAAAGGAGGUGGACAGUGAAAUUUUGAACGACGAAGAAAUCGCUCAAUCAGUUUUACAGCGUCAAGAAACCCAAGAAGGAGAAGAAGAAGAAGGUGGCGACCGUGAUGAGGACGACGAGUGUAAAAUGAGUCACGCAGAGGGAAUGGCAGCCCUGCAACUGGCUACAACCUACAUCGAACAGCAGACGAGUUCUACAGCAGUUGACUUAAUGCUUUUUAGAAAAUGGCGUGACUAUGCUAGAAAGAAAUCAACUGAAGAAAAGGUACAGCGAAAAAUUACUGAUUUCUUUUAA